UUGGGGGAAAUUUAAAUUCUCGUUCGAAUAGAGCAAUAAAAUUUCUUAUUGAAUGAAAAAAGUUUUAAUAUGAAAAAAUGGUAGAUUUAUUUUCGUGUAGACUUUUAAUUAAUUUUUUUCAUUGGUUCAGUUAUUUUUGCUUUGUGUUAAUGUUUUUUUGUGAAUUCAAGUUUGUUUAUCAAGAUGAUCGUUUCAUCAUGAAGAGUUUAGAACCCGAAUUUUCUACCCCAAUGGAAAAUGUCACCGUGGCUAUUGGAAAAGAAGCCGUUUUAACUUGUAAUGUGGAAAAUUUAGGCAGGCACAAGGUUGCUUGGGUUCGGUCUGAAGAUCAAACCGUUUUAAGUCUUCAAACGAAAGUUGUAACUCAUAACGGACGCAUUUCAGUUAGUCACGAUAACACGAAGCGUUGGCAAUUACACAUAAGACAUGUAAAGGAAUCCGACCGUGGAUGUUACAUGUGUCAGAUUAAUACGAACGCUAUCAAAAUUGAGGAGGGUUGUUUGGACGUGCACGGUAAGUUUAAUUUCGAAAUUGGCGAUUAA